AAAAAAAAAAAAAAAAAAAAAAAAAAAAGAAACCACCAGAAACUCACGCCGACUUCUCUUAGCCGAACCGCCGCCGAACACCGACUCCGCUGCUCCCGUUGUUCAAACCAAGCGACCCACGACGAUGUUGAAGUUUUUGCUCUUGUGCUCACUGGCGGCGGCCAGCACCAGGGCUCAGAUCGACGAGGAGGAGGAUGUCCUGGUGCUGAAGAAAAGUAACUUCGACGCGGCUCUCCAGUCGCACCCCAACAUCCUGGUGGAAUUCUACGCCCCAUGGUGUGGCCACUGCAAGGCUCUGGCUCCGGAGUACGCCAGGGCCGCCGGCAUGCUGAAGAGCGAGGGUUCAGAAAUCCGUCUGGGUAAAGUGGACGCCACGGAGGAGACCGAGCUGGCCCAGGAGUACGGCGUCCGAGGGUACCCCACCAUCAAGUUCUUCAAGGGCGGAGAUAAGGAGUCUCCCAAAGAGUACUCUGCUGGCAGGCAGGCGGAUGACAUCGUCAGCUGGCUGAAGAAGCGCACUGGGCCCGCCGUCGCAACCCUGAACGAGGUCACCGAGGCCGAGUCGCUGAUCGCCGACAAUGAAGUCGCAGUCAUCGGAUUCUUUAAGGACGCCAGCUCCGAGGGCGCCAAGGCCUACCAGAAGGCAGCUGAAGCCGUGGACGACAUUCCCUUCGCCAUGACCGCCAGCGACGCUGUUUACUCCAAGUUCGAAGUGUCCAAGGACGGCGUUGUCCUCUUCAAGAAGUUCGAUGAAGGACGCAACACCUUCGACGGGGAGCUGACCAAAGAGAAACUCCUGGCUUUUGUCAAGGCCAACCAGCUGCCUCUGGUCAUCGAGUUCACAGAGCAGACCGCCCCGAAAAUCUUCGGCGGCGACAUCAAGUCCCACAUCCUCAUGUUCCUGCCCAAAGCUGCCUCAGACUUCCAGGACAAAAUGGACCAGUUUAAGAAAGCCGCAGAAGGAUUCAAGGGUCAGAUCCUCUUCAUUUUCAUCGACAGCGACGUCGACGACAACCAGCGCAUCCUGGAGUUCUUCGGCCUGAAGAAGGAGGAGUGCCCCGCCAUCCGCCUCAUCACCCUGGAGGACGAGAUGACCAAGUACAAGCCAGAGAGCGACGCCAUCACCGCCGAGAGCAUCACCAAGUUCUGCACACUGUUCACUGAGGGCAAACUAAAGCCCCACCUCAUGAGCCAGGACAUCCCAGACGACUGGGACAAAAGCCCCGUCAAGGUUUUGGUGGGCAAAAACUUCGAGGACGUUGCCUUCGAUUCCUCAAAGAACGUAUUUGUGGAAUUCUACGCGCCGUGGUGUGGACACUGCAAACAGCUGGCCCCCAUCUGGGACAAGCUGGGAGAGAAGUACAAGGACAGCGCCGACACCAUCGUGGCCAAGAUGGACUCCACGGCCAACGAGAUCGAGGCAGUCAAGGUCCACAGCUUCCCAACCCUCAAGUUCUUCCCUGCAGGAGACGAACACAAGGUGAUCGACUACAAUGGGGAGAGAACGCUGGAGGGCUUCAUCAAGUUCCUGGAGAGCGGUGGCAAGGACGGCGGCGCUCCCGCAGGAGAUGAGGAUGAACUGGACCCAGAGGAUUUGGACGAUAUCGAUGACGACUCUGACGGCGAGGACGACGGGGUCGACGAUCACGACGAGUUGUAAGCGCCGGCGGAGGAGCGAAAAGGAGAGAGAGGAGACGAGUCCCGCCCCAAACCCUUUCCAACCAGUCACCGUCACCACCUUCACUUCCUCGUGGACCUUCCCUGUCCUGUGAACAUUAAUAACUCCCCUUUGAAACUGCCUCUCGGUCAGUCAGUCAGUCAGUGAGCCGGCCUGGUAGUCAGUCAGUCAGUCAGUCCAUCAGCGGCGUGGCGGGGCCUUUUCGUUCGCCGGCCACACCUCCAACCUCGCAACUUCUGGCCAGACUGGUGUCGUCCCACCUGGGGGGACUGUAUGGAACAGCCCUGGCACCACCUCUAUGGGAGACCUCAAUGCCUUGUCUACAAAGCUCCACAUCAGCGGUUUGCCUUGUAUAGUUUAAAACCAAAUGAAAAGAAAAAACGGCAAUUCAAGAAAAAGUCUGCUCCCCUCCUCGUUCUGUUGUCCAGUGUGGGUUUGAGCUACAUGAGUGUUGUAUCAUGUGUUAGUAGGUAUCGGGGGGGCUGCCGGUGUUCUCCUCCCUCCAGAGGACCAGAGUUUGUUGGCUUUGUGAGGACUGAUCUCUCAGGGGACAAGGGGCCAUCCUAUAGAUGUGUUGUUAUUGUUUUUUUGCAUUGUCUUCACUAAAAUAUACCCCACAGUGUGUCCGGUGUAGCACAAACAGCCCCCCAUCCCCCUCCACCUGUAGCCGAGACCAGUUAUCUUCUUUCUUUACCGGUUGGGGGGUGGACAGUGUAUUUUCAUUUCUAUAUUCCCAAAUAUUUCGCUUCCGUCUCCUCUUUUUAUUUUCAGCACGGCUACUGACUAUUUUCUAAAAAAAAAAAAAA